CAGGCACUCUGCGUUGCGUCGUGCUUAAGAAUAUUCCUUACCCGUGGUAUAUUGGCCAUAUACCACACCUCCUCUGGCCUUAUUGCUUAAUUAUAUUACUUUGGCUAUAAUCUAGGGAUUAUUUUUGCCAGUUCAACACACAAAUUUCACUCACAAAUUUUGUAAAUGUUGUUUCAUCAAACAAUGACAUCAAGGCAGUGAAGUAAUAAUGAAGUAAUGAGGGAACUAGUGUUUUCCAGAUAAAUUCUGCUUUUUGCAGACAAUUAUUUUUACAUUGGUACAUUUGUAUUGUGAAUUCGAUUUUUUUCAUUACUACACAUUUCAAAAAUAAUAUACCACAGAACUAAUAGUAAAAUAGAAAUACAUUCUUCAAAUAACAAAACUGUAUUAAAUAACACAUUGUUUAUCAAUAAAUGUAUUCAGAAUGAUUGGAUAGAAUCCUUUACAUUCCUAUUUCUAUUUCUAAAUGUAUAUUUUGUUUUACUCUUGUUUUAGGAAUCAGAAAACCCACAAUGCAAAAUGUCAUAUACUCUACAGCCAAAAUAGUCCGUUUCAUCACAGGGUACAUAAAGUACAAUUAAGGAACGAGGCCCCACCUCUUGUUUUCCCCCAACCCUGAGUCAUAUACAUUUGAGUCAGCGGUGAGUGUGGACGGCGGCCCACUACCCAGGAGCCACCAUUCCCGCCCCGGAGAGCUCCACGCUGGCAGCGCAGCCCCUUCCGCGGCUCAGCAUUGGGAGGAAGACCCUGGUGGCAGCCGCCGUGGGGGUCAUGCUAGUCCUGGUGCUGGUGGUCCUCAUCCCCGUGCUGGUCAGCUCAGUGGGCACAGACGACGCCAGCCACUUUGAGAUGCUUGGCACCUGCCGCAUGGUGUGCGAUCCCUAUCUGGACUCAGGGGGCACAGGGAAAGCUACGUCCACCACGGGCCUCCAGGCGGAAGCAGAGGCUGAGGAGCUGAUUGACCACAGCAUCGGCCCGCCAAUGCCCACCUAUGGUGGCCAUGGUUCACAGGGAAAGCCCGGACGGCCUGGGAAACCCGGACCACCGGGACCACCCGGAGAGCCCGGUCCACCUGGGCCCAAAGGACCCCCAGGGGACAGAGGAGACUCUUUGAAGACGGGGAUACUGGGUCUGGGGGGCCAAGGAGCCAUCGCCACAGCCACCUACAGCACCACGCCACGGGUGGCUUUCUCUGCGGGACUCCGGAACCCCCAGGAGGGUUACGAGGUCCUGAAGUUUGACGAUGUGGUCACCAACCUGGGGGAUAACUACGACAGCUCGCUUGGCAAGUUCACGUGCAAGAUCCCCGGCACCUACUUCUUCAUCUACAAUGUGCUGAUGAGGGGAGGGGAUGGCACCAGCAUGUGGGCGGACCUGAUGAAGAACGGUCUGGUCAGGGCCAGUGCCAUAGCCCAAGACCAGGACCAGAGUUAUGACUACGCCAGCAACAGUGUCAUCCUUCAUUUGGAUGCCGGGGAUGCGGUCUUCAUCAAACUGGACGGGGGCAAGGCCCACGGGGGCAACAGCAACAAAUACAGCACCUUCUCAGGGUUCAUCCUCUAUGCUGACUGAUUAGGGGGUCGUAGGUCAUGGUUUACAGGGCAUUCACUUCCUGUCUUUCACUCCUCGCUCUCAUUCAUUAUCCAUAUUAAGCUCCAUUUUUUUAAUGGGUUGCCUAUUAUCAUUGUGAAGAUGCAGGGAGGUCUAUCGACAAUAGUGGUUCACUUAUGGUUGUUCUUUCAGUUAUGACGCUGAUGUAAGGGUGACAUUUUGACAGUGCAGAAAAGCAGCGCUGUUGUCAACCUAAACCUGCAUCACUUCAAAUGUACGUCUGGAAUUCAAUGGUUACGUGACUGUAUUGUGUAUCAAUAACCUCCAUCGUUCAGACCUGGGUUCAAAUAGUACUGUUUUCCUUCAUAAACUUGAGCUCCCCUGGCACAGUGGAAUGAGUUGAAUCUUGAAUUGAAUCUUAAAAGUGCAUCUGUCACUAAAGACAGUCUCAAUCAAAUGCUCAAAGUUUUUCAAAAGAUACUAAUAUUAAUUAAACCCCUGGUCUGGUAUUGUUACAUGGUAAACCCACAUUAAAGGGAUAGUUCAACCAAAUUACAAAAUAGAUAUGUUUUUCCUUUCCCUGUAAGCAGUCUUUGGAGACAGCAAUCCAUGCUUUGGUUUUGUUUACCAGGCUGCGGUCACCAAUUGCUACCUUUAGUAUUUUUGUCCAAAAACCAUUUCAGAUUAAUGUCACGCCAAUGUCUGCCAAAUUAGCAUGUUUUACACUUCAUACCCAAAUCAACGACUGUUUACAGGGUGAGGAAGUCACGUUUAUAUUUUGGGUGAAUUAUGCUACUAGCUUACAAGUAUUGGUAAAAACAAAUAGUAUUUUUUGACACUCGCAUUGCUUUUUCACAUUGUCAAAAUUGAGGUCCAUUGGGUCUCUUUAUGUUAGAGCGAUUUUGGAAUUAAGACACGUGUCAUUAAACCCACCGAGUUUUUUUAACCCAGUGUUGUCUGAUGAAUAAGAGAUCUUGUAAUAUUACCCAGUACAUUUAAAUAUUAUUCAUUUAUUUCUAUGUAAAUAAAUAUCAAUGUGCAAACACCAGUGGAGCCAGGGUUCGGGUCAAUUCAAAUUGAAGGCAUUCAAUACAGAAACUAAACUGAAAUUCCCAUUCAAUAAUUGAAAAAAGGGCCUCUAUUUUUACUGAAUUCUCAAUAAACUAAAAAGUAGAAGCUAUUUAUUCCAUAAGUGGUUAAGUUUUAGAAUUGUUUAUUCAAAUCACUUCCUGAAUUGAGUGCCUUCAAUUCGAUUGACAAAUACAAAUAGACUGACCAGGCAAAUCCAGGUGAAUGUUCUGAUCCCUUAUUGAUGUCACCUGUUAAAUCCACUUCAGUCAAUGUAGAUGAAAGAGAGGAGACAGGUUAAAGAAGGAUGUUUACGUCUCGAGAGCAUUGAAA